AAAGCGUGAAGUUGAGGCUGGCGAACGGGGCCAGUCCAUGCUCCGGGAGAGUGGAGGUUCACUACAAGGGGAACUGGGGGACUGUGGAUCAUUACGGCUGGGACCUGCAUGACGCGGCGGUGGUGUGUCGGGAGCUGGACUGCGGCGCCGCGGUGAAAGCCCUGCGCGAAUCUCACUUUGGACCGGGGUCCGGACCCGUUGUGACGUAUAAUGUUGAAUGCAGCGGGAACGCGGCAGCUCUACGGGAGUGUAAAUCACAUCCAUGGAGGGACUAUGGCUUUCCACACUCCCACGAUGCCGGCGUUAUCUGCGAAGGGAAACAUCGACCACGACUGGUGGGUGGGAAGGAUAGAUGCUCUGGCCGGGUGGAGGUUCUACACGGAGACGAGUGGGGGACAGUUUGCGAUCAGUACUUUAGCUUGCUUGAUGCCGGCGUGGUCUGUAAACAACUACAUUGUGGUGCAGUGGCCACAACUCCCGGAGUUACUCACUUUGGCCGAGGAUCCGGCCCCGUGUGGAAGGAGAACUACCACUGUCGGGGGAACGAGUCCCAAUUAGUUGAUUGUCCAGUCUUACCCAGGGAUCAGAUGAGUUGUUCAUACGGAAACGACGCCGGUCUCAUCUGCUCAGAUGACAUUUGGUCUCUGAGAUUGAGCAAUGGGGGCAGCCGCUGCGACGGCCGUGUGGAGGUUUACCACAAUGGUAGAUGGGGGAGAGUGCAGGAUAGCGCCUGGAACAUCAAUGAUUCCAACGUGGUCUGCAGAGAGUUGGGCUGCGGCUCCGCCAUAUUCGCCUACAACUCCUCAAGGUACGGAGAGAGUGAGCUGCCCGUGUGGGUGAACCACGUUCAUUGUGAAGGAAACGAGUCGCAGCUCCGAAAUUGCAGCACAUUUACACUGAAUCAGACAUCCAGCGACAGCAUCGGUGUUGGAGUCCUGUGCUCAGACCAUCUCCAAUUACGGCUGUCUGGGGGUGGAAGUACAUGUGCUGGACGAGUGGAGAUUUAUUACAAUGGGUCUUGGGGCACAGUUUGUGAUGACUCCUGGGAUCUAGAUGACGCUAACGUGGUCUGCGGGCAGCUAGGUUGCGGAUAUGCUGUGGAAGAUAAAAUUCCGGGAUUCUGUGGACGAAGUAAAGGCCAAAUUUGGUUGGAUGAAGUAAGAUGCUCGGGUAACGAAUCAUACCUCUGGAACUGUCCCUCCGCACCGUGGGGACGGCACGAUUGCAGUCAUAAGGAAGAUGUGACAGUGAAGUGUUCUGAACACAAAGAGAUGCGCCUGGUGAACGGAGGCCGGCGGUGUGAAGGGAGAGUGGAAGUGUGGUACAACGGGACAUGGGGAACAGUGUGCUCCGAGAAGCUCUAUAGAGUGGAGGCGGAAGUGAUCUGUAAACAAUUAGAAUGUGGACCCCUCGCAUAUAUUGAAUAUCGCGCAUGGAUAUAUGGACAAGGUUCUGGGCCCAUAUGGAUCGAUGAGAUGAAAUGUAACUCGCACGAGUCAGCCCUUUGGCAGUGCCAGUUUGACCCGUGGGGGAAACACAACUGUGACCACAGGGAGGAUGCAGGCGUUUCAUGUAAAGAUGCUGAAAUGCCGGAGACAACCCGCGGGAAAGACUGCGACGGAGGAAAUGAAUCUAAAUCUCGCCGUUUACCAGAUCUACAACUGCGGGUUGAUGGCGGCAGCAACAAUUGCUCCGGAAGGGUUGAAAUAUUAUUCAACAACAGCUGGGGAACGGUGUGUGAUGACUCCUGGGGUCUCGCCGAUGCCAAUGUCGUCUGCAGACAGUUGGGCUGUGGCUCUGCUCUUUGGGCUCCAGGAGCGGUGACCAUUGUCCCGGCCUCAGGUGACAUCUGGCUGGAUGAAGUGAAAUGCACGGGAAGGGAAUCAUUCCUGUCCCGUUGUCCGUCUUCACCGCUCGGUCAACAUGACUGUGAUCACAAGGAAGAUGUCUUUGUCACCUGUUCUGGAAUUUCAAUUUCAGAGUUGGGAAAUAAGCCGCUCUCCACGGCUGUUGUGGUUUGCACAACUCUGGGAAUUAUCCUCAUCGCUGAAUUUGUCGCACUGGUGAUAAUAGUUCGGAUGCAAUCCGCAAGAAGAGAUGCAGAGUUGAGAGCCAGAGGAUUUGGCUUUUACGAAGCAAUUUAUGAAGAGAUUGACGAUACUCUUGCUGGAAACAAGUUCAGUCAGAUGGAUGAUUCAAUCUCUGGAUCCAUUGAUUCCAUGAAUCAAAUACAAUAUUACACCAGUGACCCUUUGGGUUGUGCUCAUUCAACAAGCGAACUCCCUGAAGGAACCUCCUCCAGUGUUCGAGAUCUAGUUCCGGAUGACCAUGACGAUCCUGAGAGUAAAACCAUUGAUUGUCCGGGCGGUCAGUUCCCGACCGACGGUGGCGCCGAUGACCUUCUGAUGCUAACAGUUGCCGGCGGUGACGUGGACAUUGGUGGUGAAUCUAGCAUGAUACCUUGUUUCCAAAGCCUGGCUUGAAAUGAUGGAUGUCGCUCGGCGUUUCAUCAGACAGCACGUGCCUUUCACCCUUCCUGCAAGAUCGACAAGCAGAUCUUCACAGCAUUGAUAUCACUCGCCAACUUAUCACAAGCAGAAUCUUUGACUUCAUUUCAAACCACUUGGUUUGAUUUUUUGCCCUAAACCUUGGAAGAAAACAUGUUCUCUACUCUCUGGACAGGUGUAGAAAAACAUAUUUAAUCGUCAUUCUUCUUCUGGAAGAAAGAUCUUUUUUUUUUCUAAUCAUUGAACGCGUGUUAAUUUGAAUUUGUAAGCGUUUUAAUACAUUCCAUGUAAAUGCUUAAGAUUAUGCAGGUUAAAAUGAAUGUUACUUUGUUCUUAUCAUGCUUUACCUUGCUUUGGUGUCGUAAUGAACUGUUUCUAUCUCGCUCAAUGUAAGAAUUGAACAAGCAUAAUAAAUACUUCAGGUGGAA